AGCUGUCAAGCCUUUUGACAGUUGAAAACACAAUUCUCCAUUGUUUAUCUCGCAAACAGUGUGUGCAGCAGUGCAUCUGCUGAUUCAUCGACGACCGCAAACAGCUGUGUCGGUCUUGUAUCACGUUUUUGUUAGGAACAUUCGUCUCGCGCAACGAGCAACUAUACUUGUCUGCUGGUGCGUGCGUGUUGAUGGUGUUGGUGUCGGUCACAUGAGCCAGUGAUAUAUUGUGUGCUAUAGCUUUACUGCUGAACUACGUUAAAACACGCACGAAAACGAAGAAAUGAGUGAUACGAUGGACAAACUACCGAUCACGGAUCCAUCAAUCCGGAUCGUGCCGUCUAAGGAGCUGCGGCAAUUUAUUGGCAGUAAACUGUCAAUGUCCCCAUCGGUACCGGCGACGGUGCGCGAGAUUUACAGCACAUUCAAUGCUGGCAAAAGGGGAAAAGCUUCCAAAAACAAGCUGAACGCGGCGGCUGAUGGUGGCGAACAAAAGCACGGCUCUAUCGAUUUUACCCCAGCUGAGCGCGAUCUAAUCAAUCACAUGGCAAAGACAAUCGCUAAGGAUCAACAAUGCGAUGUCAGUUCCGUUGAGGAGUUUAUGGACACGAAGCACCAGGAAACGAGCACAGACGAAGCAGAUGCAACACUGUUGAACCUGGGCGACAUAAAGUGGCUCUACGGAACGCUCAACCACUUGCGUCAAACCGACCAAUCCGUACCAUACCUGCACGCGCUGUUGCGCGGCUGUGAGCUUAAGCUGCCCCAGAAUCCAAUACAGGAGCGAAACCCGGAGCUGGAGGCGCGAUGCCAGCGGUUGCGCAAGGAGCAGGAGGACCGGGAGUAUCACCGGAUGACUAAAAACGUCGACAGCAUUCGCAAGCACAUGCCCGAGGAGACGCUGAGCUAUCAAAUGAAGCAAAUCAAUCGGCAUUUGAUUGCGGUGGCUCAGUUUCUGUUCUCCGUCGCGGCCGGCUUCGCGUUUGGAUUCGUGGGCAUCGAGCUGCUGGUUGGGCAGCUAGACUUUGGGUUCCGCCUGCUGCUUGGCAUAAUCAUAGCGCUGAUAAUCGCCCUGGCGGAGAUUUACUUCCUGGCGAAAAAGCUAAACGAAGAGUACGAGCUGCCACCGGCACCGGCAUUCGUCGGCAAGGAUAAACCAUCCACCACCGGUACCAUGCAGAGGACGCUUUCGGUGGGAACCGAAACGAAGCGAGCAAACAAAGGCAAUCGCGGCAAGGAGCACGAUGAAUGAAAUGAUGUACCACCAUUCAGGCAAUGCAUUGAUAGUGGCAGUAGUACGUUGAUGGUGUUUAUUAAAAAAUGCAUCUAAUUAGCAAAGCUCAGCUUGUUGCACUGCUGCUGCACUGAU